UAUACGUGCUCUUAUGCUGGGAACGGAUGGUUCUACUGCGCAUGUGUAUAAGUAAAGGCGUUUUCUCGCAACGCUAAUGGCGGCAGUUUGUUUAUUUCCUUCUGAUAAAGACAGUUUUUCGGUUAUUCUACACACUCAGGUCUUGUUAUUUUGAUCUUAGAGCGGGCCCUGUGUAUUUGUCACAACGCACUUGACACGCACAUACGCCUUUCGUCGUGAAAUGACGUCAUGGCGUCAGCACGUCACGUGUGGUUGUGUCUCGGCUGUUUCUAGUGCGUGCACUUAGUGUUUUACUUUGUACAUAUAAUAAAUGUCUUGGUAAGGAUAUGACUUACCACAUACAGUAAGUAUGUCGCUAGUGUAGUAAGUAUCUUACUUAAUUUUACUAUGCCUGGCGCGAAGUGGGCCGCCAGUACCCGGAUGUUGCCGUCCACAAGCCAAGAAAGGUGAUUCAACCAUCGAGUGGUCGCCAUCACCUGUUUCAAAAUGGACAAAAGGAGGCAAAGUCAUCAUUGUGGUCGUCAUCCAAGCCAUGGGAGGAAGCAUGAAAAAGAAGACAAACGGACUGUGAGUGCUGAUAGAGCUAAAAGGAGGAGUUCAAAGAAGAGUGAAGAUGAAGAAGGUGAUGAGAGCUUUGGUAUAUGGAGUUCAAAGAGUGAAGAUGAAGAAGACGAUGAGAGCAUUAGAGCAUGCCAUGGGAGGAAGUGGGAAAAAGAGGACAAAUGGACUAUGAGUGCUGAAAGAACUAAAAGGAGGAGUUCAAAGAAGAGUGAAAAUGAAGAGGGCAAUGAGAGCAUUAGAGCAUGCCAUGGGAGGAAGCGUGGAAAAGAGAACAAACGGACUAUGAGUGCUAAAAGAACUAAAAGGAGGAGUUCAAGGAGUGAAGAUGAAGAAGGCAAUGAGAGCAUUAGAGUAUGCCAUGGGAGGAAGCGUGAAAACGAGGACAAACGGAUUACGAGUGCUGAUAGAACUAAAAGGAGGAGUUCAAAGAGUGAAGAUGAAGAUGGUGAUCACAGCAUUAGAGCAUGCCAUGGGAAGAAGCGUGGAAAAGAGGACAAACGGACUAUGAGUGCUGAGAGAACUAAAAGAAGGAGUUCAAAGAGUGAAAAUGAAGAAGGCGAUGAGAGUAUUAGAGCAUGCCAUGGGAGGAAGCGUGAAAAAGAGGACAAACGGACUCUGAGUCCUAAUAGAACUAAAAGGAGGAGUUCAAAGAGUGAAGAUGAAGAAGACGAUGAGAGCAUUAGAGCAUGCCAUGGGAGGAAGCGUGAAAAAGAGGACAAACGGACUAUGAGUGCUGAGAGAACUAAAAGAAGGAGUUCAAAGAGUGAAGCAGAAGAAGACGAUGAGAGCAUUAGAGCAUGCCAUGGGAGGAAGCGUGAAAAAGAGGACAAACGGACUAUGAGUGCGGAGAGAACUAAAAGGAAGAGUUCAAAGAGUGAAAAUGAAGAAGGCGAUGAGAGUAUUAGAGCAUGCCAUGGGAGGAAGCGUGAAAAAGAGGACAAACGGACUAUGAGUGCUGAGAGAACUAAAAGGAGGAGUUCAAAGAGUGAAAAUGAAGAAGGCAAUGAGAGCGUUAGAGUAUGCCAUGGGAGGAAGCGUGAAAAAGAGGACAAACGGACUAUGAGUGCUGAGAGAACUAAAAGAAGGAGUUCAAAGAAGAGUGAAGACGAAGAAGGCGAUGAGAACUUUGGAGUAAGCCAUGGGAGGAAGCGUGAAAAAGAGGACAAACGGACUAUGAGUGCUGAUAGAACUAAAAGGAGGAGUUCAAAGAGUGAAGAUGAAGAAGGCUAUGAAUGCUUUGGAGUAUGCCAAGGGAGGAAGCGUGGAAAAGAGGACAAACGGACUCUGAGUCUUAAUAGAGCUAAAAGGAGGAGUUUAAAGAAGGCUGAAGAUGAAGGCGAUGAGAGAGUUGGAAUAUGGUAUUUGCCGAAGAGGGCAGAAGAACCCCCUCCACCCCCUAGAGGGACAAGCGGUAGAAAAUGUAUGGAUGGAGUAAUGCAAGAAGAACAGCAGCGCGGCGGGGCUGGCAGCAUUGAACAGCAGCCCGUCGGUGCUGACAGCAUUGAAAUAAGUUUAGGGCCUGAGAGGCCUGACGUGGAAAUAGGCGUGGUGGGGCCCCCGCCCACCCUGGCGUCGUGCAUGAUGGCUCCGUGCAAAGGCGUGUUCUGUUUGACGGGCUUCCUGGUUUUGUUCAGCUGCGUGGUGGUCGGCCUGGCCGUCAUCAACUCCAAGCUGGAUCAGGUCAGGAACCAGCUGAGCGCCACUGACGACGUCCGGCGUCGCAUGAACAAGAUCCUGUUUGAGCAGAGGCAGCUGGUUGACAAGCACGAGCACAUCUUGCUGGAGGUGGAGCGCUCCAUAGGACUGAUCGCCAAAUCCACCAAACAAGUGGUCUUGCUGGAAAAGGUUCACGUGGAGUACCAGCUACUGAACAACACUUGUGUGAGUCCCCUCAGUGACUGUGUGAAGAAGACGGAGACUGCGGUCAUGGAACUGCAAAAGACCAAGGCCGAUCUGACCGACAACUGGAAAACGUGCGAAAACAUUCCGACAUCACUAAGAACCAUCGAAGAAAACCAUAAGAACCUGACGGAAGAACAGCUGGAGAUUUUAAAUAUACAGCGCACAAUGCAGGGACUGCUGCGUGCCAUCGCCUGUGGCAACGACGUGAAAGGUCGCCUGAGUUGCAAACCUAAAUGAGAGUAGAACAGAAGUAACGGGCAAAAGUAUAUCUCUCGGGUUUUCUUGGGGUCCACUGCCGUCUGAGUGCUCCCCAAGAACCUUCACGAGCCGAGGCUAAUACAGUCUUGGGUGUUCUCAGGGGCGGAGCUUCAGGGGGCGUGGAGAAGCCGGCCCGCCCCGCAGGAAAGGUGGUCAUGGCGGGCCCCUUACCUGGCUCCGGGCUGGGCACCAAUGAAAGAGCUGGACGUGUGUGGGCUUACAGGCUGCCCCAGUCAGGAGGUUUGUGGCGUUAUCCCGAUAUGUCUGUGAAGUUACCCCGAAAUGUAUGUGGAGUUACCCUAAAUUGUAUGUGGAGUUACCAUGAAAUGUAUGUGGAGUUACCCUAAAAUCUAUGUAGAGUUACCCCGAUAUGUAUUUGGAGUUACCCUGAAGUGUAUGUGGGGUUACCCUGAUAUGUGUGGAGUUACCCUGAAAUGUAUGUACAGUUAUUCCGAUAUGUAUGUGGAAUUACCCCGAUAUGUAUGUGGAGUUACCCCGAUAUGUAUGUGGAGUUAACCUGAAAUGUAUGUGGAGUUACCCUGAAAUGUAUGUGGAGUUACCCCAAUAUGUAUUUGGACGAUAUGUAUGUGGAGUUAACCUGAAAUGUAUGUGGAGUUACCCCAAUAUGUAUUUGGACGAUAUGUAUGUGGAGUUAACCUGAAAUGUAUGUGGAGUUACCCCAAUAUGUAUUUGGAGUUACCUUAAUAUAUGUAAAGUUAUCCUGA